AUGGAGGAAGCUGGUAAGGUGGAGCUCUAUAUCACCUACCAAGUAUAUUGUGCCGCCUGGAAGCCUUGCUAUGAUAUCCGCGCGAGUUCCGCCGAGGAAGAAGACGACACUCAGAAUGAGAGCUCCGUCCAGCUAUGUUAUUACGGUUUAGUCGAGCAAAAUACAGGAGAUGACUGGAAGGAUUGUGAUAUCGUACUAUCUACCUGCUCUGCUAGCCUCGGCGGGUCCCCACCACCUCUUUCUACCCUUUCGGCGUCUCUCCACUCAUCCAGACCCACCAGAAGACACCACGCUUCAUCAGCCGCCAGAAGAAAGGCUCCAUUAUCAGUCCCAUCCGAAGAGGACAUGGGAUUCGGGUCAUUCGACUAUAAUGACAUGGUUGAUGCCGCCGCAAUGCAUAGAUGGCACAAUGGACAACAUAGCAGAAGCAGUGAGGAGAAUAGUGUUAGUACUCAAGCACUGGAGAACACAGUGUCCACGUGCUUCUCGAUUCCAAGAGCUGUGACUAUUCUGAGCAAUGCGGUCGAGCAUAAACUAUUGAUUUCUAAGAAUGAGCUUUCCUGCGCGUUCUCUCAUGAGACCGUCCCAUCUCGCUCUACCAGUGCUUACCUAUCAGCACUGAUCACAAACACAUCUCAACUUCCGUUGCUCCCCGGUGCAGUGGCUGUGUAUGUCAAUAAUUGUUUUGUUACCAAGACCCAUCUCCGUCUCGUCUCCCCUGGAGAGGAAUUCCGAUGCAAUAUGGGAGUCGAUCCAUCUGUCAAAGUGGAGUACAAGACUCCCACGAGGACAUAUGAUCAGGUGGGGUUCAUGUCGAAAAGCACAUUGAUGACUCAUGAACAAUUGAUCAGUGUUCGUAGUGCAAAAGUGCGUCAGAGUGUGAAGAUUACUGUAAAGGAGCAGAUACCGAAGAGUCAUGAUGACAAGAUUAAGGUCUCCAUCGUCUCCCCGGAAAUCAAGAGCUCGUCCUCAUCGAAAAACUCGUCUCCACCAGAUGCUCGUCUCAACAAAGACCAUAAUCUUGAAUGGUGUAUUGUCUUGGCACCCGGCCAACACAGACUCCUCCCUGUUCGAUACACUAUCGAACAUCCCGCUUCAGAGUCUCUCAGCUAUAAGUUGAACUAA